AUGCAAGAGUCCACAGAGUCAAAUAGGCAAGUGGUUAAUCAGCUAACUCGCCUAUGUAAUUUCUUGGGGGAACCUCAAACGCUUGGUCAACAGGCUCCUCAAACAGAUAGGCUCAAUGUUGUAACCAUACAACCAGGGGUAGAUCUAGCAGAAGAUAAAAUAGUACAACAAUGUCAAAUUCCCAGGCCUCAUCCAAACCUAGGUGGAGUAAGGGAAAGACGCCAACCAGUAAUGUUGGUGGGUCGACAACAAGACACUGAUCAGAUUGUCGAUCAAUAUCGACAAGAAGAGACAGCGAUAGAGAACAAUCUGACAACAGUUGUCGAAAGAAUUCUGGCCAGAAAUGAAAUGUAUACUUCAUUACAAAGGCCAACAUAUUCUUCCCUGUUAGCUGAGUACAUUGUACAAACGGAAAACCCUAGAGGUUGGAAAAUACCUAAGUAUACCAAGUUUGGGGGAGAAACAGGAGAGUCGACCGUCAAACAUAUAGCUAGAUAUCUCACAGAGUCGGGGGAUAUGGCAAACAAUGAAAGCCUAAGAGUGAAGCAUUUUCCUUCAUCCCUCACUAAGGCGGCAUUCACGUGGUUUACCACUCUGCCCCCUAAAUCUAUAGACUCAUGGUAUAAAUUGGAAAAACUCUUCCAUGAACAAUUUUAUGAGGGACAUUCGAAAAUUAGUUUAGUUGAAUUGUCGAAUAUCAAGAUAAGGUUUGCUAAGACCAUAGAUGACUGUGAAAACAGGUUUAGGUCAUUGAAGGCAAAGUGUUUUACGCAGGUGCCCGAACAUGAACUUGUUCAAAUGGCUGCGGGGGGUUUAGAUUAUUCCAUCAGGAAGAAAAUAGACCCGACAUUUGUCAAAAGUAUGUCACAACUGACUGAUAGGGUUCAACACCUUGAACGUCUACGCUUAGAAAAAGUUAGACAUACCAAGACUAAGGCUAAGAAAGAAAAAGUAGCCUAUGUCGAUUAUGAUGAUACAAAUCCUAUGAAAUCGAUUUCCAUAUAUGGUAAAUCAAUUUCCAUGAAGCGUUGUGAACAUUUUUAA